GAAGAGUUUAUGGGAGCCCCUCUGGAUUCGGGAGCACAUCAUGGUCUUCCUUACGACGCGGCUCUGGCUGCGGAACCGCCUCACUGACCGCUAUUGGCGGGUUCAGGAGGUGCUGAAACACGCUCGGCAUUUUAGGGGAAGGAAGAAUCGCUGCUACCGGCUGGCAGUCAGGGCGGUGACCAGAGCCUUCGUUAAGUGCACGAAGUCCCGCAGACUUAAGAAGCGGAACCUGAGGACCCUCUGGAUUAAUCGAAUUACAGCUGCCUCCCAGGAACAUGGCUUACAAUACCCAGCAUUUAUUGUCAACUUAAUUAAGUGUCAGGUGGAGCUCAACAGGAAAGUACUUGUGGACCUGGCCAUCUAUGAACCAAAGACGUUUAAAUCUUUGGCUGCUUUGGCUAAGAGGAGGCAGCAGGAAGGCUUUGCUGCAGCUUUGGGGGAUGGAAAGGAGCCUGAAGGUAUCUUUUCCAGAGUGGUACAGUACCACUGAAGGCUGCAGUGCUAUAGAAACUGUUGUAAACAAGAUAGGACCAAAAGGAUUGUCACCAGUAAGUCUGAUUUGUAUUUAUUUACAUUUUAGUAACAGGCCUGAGGUGACAGGUUUUUACUCAGUGGCACAGCCCCAGACUGUCCUAUAAAGAUUGUAAAAAUAAAGCCUUUGCAGUGUUGAA